CCAAGAAGGAGGUCCUGUUCGGGAAUAUCCCUUGCCCAUAUAAACGAGUCGCCAUCGAGCGAGGCUCCCCGUGUCCCGUCCGCCGCUCGAAGCAAUCGACUCGAACGAAGGGAUCGAGAAGAGCAGCGUCGUUGCCAGCAUCGACAUGGGUUUGCAGGAGGAGUUUGAGGAGUACGCCGAGAAGGCGAAGACCUUGCCUGACACAACUACAAACGAGAACAAGCUGAUCCUCUAUGGCCUCUUCAAGCAGGCAACUGUUGGCGACGUCAACACCGGGCGGCCUGGCAUUUUCAGCAUGAAAGACAGAGCCAAAUGGGAUGCUUGGAAGGCUGUUGAAGGGAAAUCCAAGGAGGAAGCGAUGACCGAUUACAUCACCAAGGUGAAGCAGCUGCUGGAGGAGGCUGCUGCAUCCACUUCUUAGACUCUAAAACAUAGUCCAUAUUCCUGCGUAUACAUCAAUAAACAUAUAUCAUUGUUAUUUGUUAGAUGGUUUGUGAUGUUAUCUGCACAUGUAAUAGUUUGUAGUCAUGGAUAUUUAUCGUCGGUUAAGGCUGUACGCUUUUGUGAAAACAAGUGAAUGUGAUAUCAGUUGAUGCCUGUAUGGCUCAUCUUUGUUAAA